AUGAUCUAUGAAGGCAAAUAAUCCAUCUUCAGCCAUCAAGAUUAGUAUGCUUUGAUCAGACUCGUGAAUUCCGAAGAUGAUGCAACCACGAAGAAACACGAGGAAGGCAAAAUAACCUUCACAUUGAAAUUGGCCAAAUACUUAUCAACCUCUGGAAUAGGUGAUUAUUUGGAUAGCAUAAAUGUUUUUCUGAGCUUCCUCCUACCAGUGCUCCACCUAAUAGACUGCUACUCAUGGGAACAGGGAGGAACUCAAGAUGUCGGAGAAGCUCAGCCAUAUAUAACUGUAAAUUCAAAUGAAUAUAGGUUCUUAGAUUCCUGAAUUGAUCUGUUACAUCUAUUUCCUUCUUGAUUUUGCUAUUAACUUCUACCUUUCAGAAAAUAAAUUGUUCUUUACAUUCCAAACUACAUCGUUAGUCGAAUACGUUUCAAUAUUCCCAUCCUUACUUGCGAGAUUGAACAUAAUCACCGGUUACAAGUACAUUUACUUGUUGAGAGUUCUGCGAUUUUUAUUGUGCUACAAGUUGGAUAAGGUGUUGCAGCGUUAAUCUAUGGAAGGUAGUUAAUAGAUUUGAUUUAGAGUAUUUAGGCUAGCUUACAAACCAAUAGUAACAGUGAUGGCAAUCAUAAUCAUCAACUCUUCAGUACUGUAUGUCGUAGAAUAGGACUAUUCAAUUGUCGAGUACAUCUAUUUUAUGGUGGUCACCAUCUCCACAGUCGGUUUCGGAGAUGUGUAUCCGACAACAAUAUACGGAAGAUUUUCCAUUAUUGUUGCAAUCCUGAUUAUGUUCUUGGUAUUGCCAACUUAAGUAGAAAUGCUUACACGAGUAUACAGUUUGAGAAGCCAGUUCGCCAGAAACAAAUACAUAUCCAAAAAGGAAUAGGAACACAUCUUGUUGCUUGGGUCCUCCUAGGUUGAAGGAUUCAAGACUUUUUUGAAUGAGCUCUAUCACAGUGAUCAUGGUUUGAAUGAUACCAAUACUGUCAUCCUCCAGCCUUCAGCUCCAACUGAAGAAAUGACCCUUUAACUCAAACAACCUGCUUUGUCUCAGAAAGUGAUAUACUUGGAAGGACAUCCACUAUAAAAUAAAGACUUGGAAAGAUGUAGUUCCAAAGAUUGUAAUUGUGUGAUAGUGUUGGCUAAUAAGACUAGUCGUACUCCCAAGAGGGAUGAUUAUCGCAACAUUAUUCAUGCAUUUGCUGUCAAAUAAUUCGCAAAGAAGCAAAAAUCCAGAAAGGGAGCUAGAGUUUGUUUGCAAGUCCUACAACCAUCAAGCAAAGAUUUGUAUUUUAAUUCUCUAGGUGGCCAUGAAACAGAUCAAGUAAUUUGUGUAGACGAACUCAAACUCUACCUUUUGGGAAAGACUUGUCUAUGUCCUGGGAUCAAUACAUUGAUUUCAUUUUUAAUUCAGUCGUCAAAGCCUUCCUAUGACACUACCAAGUAUGACAAGAACAAAGGGGAAUGGAUUGAUGACUAUUUAUGUGGGAUGCAAAAUGAAAUCUAUAGAGUCCCUUUGGAGUCAGAAGCAUUUGUAGGUCUCACCUUUAGUUAAGUAAGAAUCAUAACGAUCUUAGAUUUCGUAAGCUGUUUACAAAGAAUUAAAUAUCAUUUUGUUCGCCUUAGAAGUCGAAUUAGAAUCAGGAACAAGUGUAUUUGUGAAUCCAGCAGAUUAUCUAUUUGAAGAUUACUUGCAUUAUGGGUAUGUUAUAGCCACCGAGAUGCCGAAUAUCGAAAAGAUCCAACAGACCAAAUUCCCUGAAUACAUUUAAAAGAACUAUUGUUUCCCCAAUGUGCAAAGAUAAGCAAACAAUAAAAAUGCUCUUCAGUAGGAGGCAGAGUACUUAAAAGAGAUACUGAGUGAAGGCAUUAAAGAGGAUAGUCAGAAACAUACUUCUUAUUAUUAAGUCAAGCCACAGACUAUUACAACUGGACUUCCAAAAGUAGGAGAUUAAGACAAAUUCGAGAAUCACUUUAUUGUUUGCGGUGUUGUUUCAGAUAUGAAAUAUUUGAUGAUGCCUUUGAGAGCGAGAUCACUCAAAAAUAUACAACCAAUAGUUAUUUUAAACUAAGAUUUGAUACCAACAGAAAUCCAAUUACAAAUUAAUAAAUUCCCUAAGGUCUAUUUUUAAUAAGGAUCUCCUUUGAAUACAGAAGAUCUCAAAAAAGCUUGUAUUUAAAAAGCAUCAGCCCUCGUGAUUUUGUAAAAAUCAGCUGAUUAAGAAGAGGGAAUUUCAAAUAUAGUUGAUGCUGACACAAUAUUUAUUUAUAAAACUGUUAAACUUUUAAAUUCGAAUAUCAAUAUAAUCACUGAACUAGCUUCAAUUUCCACAAUAUCAUUUUUGUAGAUCUCAAGAAAUAAUUAUGUUUAAAAAUAUGAUUGGUCUGUAAGUGAGCCAUUCGCUUCUGGAGAAAUUUAUAUCUCUACAAUGCUUGAUACUCUAAUUUGUUAGGCCUAUUAUAAUCCAUUUAUUACCAGCAUUUUCGACUAGAUGAUUUUAGGAAGUGCCUCCAUGAAUAAGAAAGUACAUUAUCUAUUCAUAUUUUUAGAAUAAAAAGCUCUAUCAGGCAUGUAAACUAUAGCAGAGUAAUCUCUUUUUGAUAAAUAUCCCACCUAAAUAUUUGGAGAAAACCUUUGGUGAACUCUUUGAAAUCCUUCUGACUGAACAAAAGAUGAUUCCUAUUGGACUAUAUAGAGGGGAGAAAGUUAAAAACAACAAUAAGCCUUACGUAUUCCUAAAACCGCCCAUGGACGUUGUCCUCUAAAGCAAGGAUAGGGUCUAUGUUCUAAGUGCUAAAUAACCGAAAGAACUUGAAACUAUUAUUGAUAAUGAACCUAUUUAAAGAUAGGAAAAUGCAGCCUAAUAUUUUAACAUAAAAUCUAAAUUGUAAGGGGAAGAAGGUAGAGUGGACAUUGAGUUUUCGAGAGAAUUAAUGAAAUUUAAUGAUAAAAUGAAAAAUUUUAAUAACGAAUUGAUAAAAAUUAAUUAAAACGUCUUUAAUCAAGGCUUAAUACAUGCUGGUAAAUAUGAUUCAUUAUAUUUCUUAGAAUUCAUUUAGACAGUUAGGUCAACAUUAAAAGGAGAAUUAGCCAAUCUAAACCAAGCAGUAUGA